AUUGGGAGUUUGGGACCAUUAAAACGAAGAUAAUAUGAAAAAACAAUGAGAAUAUGCAAGGAAUUAAAACAAAAAGUAGAAAUAUCAUUAUGACACAUCCGAAAUAAAAAGUAAAAGCUUAAUUAUGGAACGGAAGGAGUAGUAUAUUUUAUUUUUUCAAUCAAACAAAUACUUUUAGAUAUCUAUUCCAUAAUCUUGUUCAUUUUCGAGUGAGUUUCCUUCUCAUAAAAUAAAGAAACAAAUAAAAUAAAAAAGGUACACCCUACUAAUUAAGAUGUUUUAUCACACACAAAGACACACUUUCUCUCUUCCAACUGACAGCUUCACAUGCCCAUGCAGGUACCUCUAUGACCCCACCCAUAUAAUCAUCCCACAUGGAAGAGAUCAUCUCUCUCCACAGAUUCUUCUUCCUUCAGAUAAAUCCCAUGCAUUAGAUUUCACUAAUUUAAUCCCUUUUUGUUUUUUCAUAACUAAAGAAAUUUCCCAUUUUUAUUUUUCAAUUUAUUUAUCAAAGCCAAUCACCUGCUCUGCACCACAUGGGUAGAGGCAGAGUACUCUGUAUUCCAUAUUCUCUGAAUUAACAAUUCUUCAAUUCUUCAUUUUCUGUCAUUUUCUCUGUCUUUUGGUUGUCAUUUAUUUUUGUGUUCUGCGCAAAUCAAACUCAAACAUUUCUUCUUGGAUCUGCAGUUAUUCUUCCUUAAAGUUUUUAUUUUGAGUUUGAUUUUUCCUUGCAUUCUAAGGGUUUUGAUAGUUCUUCACUUAAUGAGCUAUAAGUCAAAUUUCUGGGCUUUUUUUUAGAUACCCAGUUGAGCUAAUUGAUUUUGCUCAUCUGGGUAUCUCUUAUUUUCCUGUAAUUUGUACUGGGUAGUUAAGUUUCAGGUCAAAAAACCCAGAAAAUUGGUACAGUAAAAGCCUGCAUUUGGUUGUUUUUUACACAAAUUGGUAGGUGGAGACAUUACUACUGGGGUUACUGAAUUCUAGCUUGCUUAAUUUUGAAGAUAGAUUAACUGAUUUGUACUGAUUUUGCUAUUUUGGACUGGAAGGUUGGUAAUGAAGAAGUGAUUUCUAGGGUUUUAAUUUUUGGGUGGUUGGAGGUUGAAAUUCUGGCAUUUUAAUGAUUAAAAUCUGAAUUUAAGAGUGUUAAAUUUGGUUAUUCAGGACAAAUUUCAAGCUUAAUUACUGAGGAGUAAUAGUUUGUCCCCACUCCCAAAUUCUGAGGGUCUGACAUUUCUGUACUCAGAUUAGAGGAGGUGGUGGGGUUUUUGAUUUUGCUGAAUUUGGAGGAAAAUGGCAUAAAACAUUAUCCUAAAGAAUACAGGGAAAAGUAUAUCAAGGAUUGGUUAGGGUAUUUGGAUUGUGUGUGAUUUUGAAGAAGUGGUAGUUGUGUUUUGUAUUUGUUUUUUGGGUGCCAUGGCUGCAAAAUUGUUGCAUUCAUUGGCAGAUGAAAAUCCAGAUUUGCAGAAGCAAAUUGGAUGUAUGACUGGAAUUUUCCAAAUCUUUGACCGCCAACAGCUCAUCUCCGGGAGGCGGCCAAACCCACGGAGGCUCCUUCCUCCUCCUCUUCCUCCAGCAGGCAAUUCUGAAUGUAGCAAUGAAGACCUGGAUGCUGAUUCUAGUAAUGCAUACAAUCGUGAAACACUGGAAAAGAAUCUAAACAAAAAUGCAAAUGAAAAACGAGGAUCCACUGAAUCAUCAAGAGCCUCCUUUUCCUCUUCAUCACGAUCAUCAUCAUUUUCCUCCCUAGAUUGUGGCAGAACAGGACAACCAGAGCCGUCUUCCAUGGAUCGAAUUAUUUUUCCCGAGACUCCUUCAAGAGACCCUGUCAUAAGCCAGACAAGUGCUAGUCCCAGGAUGGGAAGGCUUUCUGUUGAUAUUCGGGAUGUGGUUAAGGAUUCAAUGUACAGAGACUCUCGUGGUCUACCAGUUCAGACCACUGCUAAGGAGGAUAGAUCAGGCUGCAGUUUGAAACAUGGUGAUUCCCCAAGACCUCAGCAGUUGUCAAAAUCAGUGGAUGGAUCAUUAGGAGUUGGGAUGAAGGGGAAUAACAUGACAGCUGACAUUAAGGAAUCUUUAAGAGUUCUUGCUAAACUUCGUGAUGCUAGGUUGAACUAUAAUGAAAAUGAACAACCGAGAUUAUCGCAUGAGUCACAGGAAGAAUCUUUCUUUCCAAUACCAAGAGAUGCUCCUAGAUUUUCUUAUGAUGGGAGAGAGAUAAAUCGCAAGAUUAAAGAUCUUCCAAGGUUUUCUUUGGACAGUAGAGAAAGUUCAGCAAGGAGCUCCAAUACUGAUUCAAAAUUAAGUAGCGACAGCUCUAAUGAAAGAGCUAAAAAUGCACUACAGCCAUUAAAUAAUCAGUCACGUCCCUCUAGUGUGGUAGCUAAACUCAUGGGCCUUGAUUUGUUGCCCGAUUCUAAACGUUCCAAUGAAAGUCAAUUGGGGCCAAUAAAGAUGUUCCUUGAAGACAAUGGUCCCUCUUUAGCACCAUUAAGAGUACCUGAUGUAAGCCGGCCAGUUCGUCUUCCCAAAUCGCCAAGGAGCACAAGGAAGGAGUCAACUUCACCAAGGUGGAAGAAUUCUGAUACAGUCAUGAAACCGAUUCCUACUUCGAAAAUUCCUAUUGAAACAGCACCGUGGAAGAAUCUGGAUGGAAGUCGAGCUUCUCCAAAGCAAGCUUCAAAACAAAUAAAAUCCUCACCGAGCACAUCAAGCACUUCCCCUUCAGUUCUUGGUGAAAUGGAGAAACGGUUGAAAGAUAUUGAGUUCAAACAAUCUGGAAAGGAUCUUCGAGCCCUAAAGCAGAUACUGGAAGCAAUGCAAGUAAAGGGUAUAUUGGAGGCCUCGAAAGAUGAGUAUUCUUUUAAUUUGGGAAACAAGAGGGACCAUGGCAAUAGAAUUGGUUCUGAGACGAAUGCUGGGAGCUCCCAUGACUUCCGCACUAAUAGAGCUACUGCUUCCAAACAAAAGGGAAGUGGCACAUCAAAAGCAUUUGAAUCCCCAAUUGUUAUUAUGAAGCCUGCUAAGCUUGUCCAGAAAUCUAGCAUUCCUGCUUCCUCCAUCAUCCCGAUUGAUGGCUUGUCUUCUCUUCAAAGGCCCCAGAGCAGCGAUGGUGCAUCUCACAGGAAGAAUUCAGUUGGUAGCAAAAUACCCAAGGAUCAGACUAUUAAAGAUAGUCGCAUAAAUCAGGCUGUUACUUCUGAUAAGAAAAUUAAUAAUAGAAACUUGAAAGUGGCUCCAUCUUCAUCAAGAUCAUCACAGAUAGCCAAAGAUAGUACUGCAAAUUCAUCAAAAAAUUCGGGAUCCAUAAGCCCUAGAUUGCAACAGAAGAAGCUGGAGCUUGACAAGAGAUCCCGUCCUCCAACCCCACCUGCCGAUUCAAACAAAUCUAGAAGGCAACCUAGCAGGCAGACAACUGAAUCUAGCUCCCCAGGUGGGAGACGCCGAUUAACCAAGACCAGCAGUGUGCAGCAAAUUGAUGAUCAAUCAAGUGAAAAAUGUAGCGAAUCCAGGAAUUUGUGCUGCCAAGAAGAUAAUGUAUAUGUGCAAUCUGACGCCAAUUUGGAGCCUAGAAUGGAUACAGAAAGCACCAGCACCAAGCAGCCUGUGGAUGUAGCCGUCUUUCAGAGUCCUUCUGGGGAUAAGUGUUGGGUUUCUGAAGAAAUAAAGGAAGACUUAAGCUUAAGGUUGAUAGAAGAGAGCACGAUGGAAUAUCCUGCUUUUGCCCCUGGACAGCCAAGUCCUGUUUCAGUGCUCGACUCUUCUGCAUACAUGGAAGGCUCUCCAUCUCCUGUUAAACAAACUAUAGAUGCCUUCAAAGUUGCUGAAUCAAAUGAUGCUGAGACAGAGUUGUGGAGUACCGUAGAUGAGAUUUCUACUCAGAACACAGUUUUGGAGCUUCCUUCUGAGAUUAGUCGUAAGAAAUUACAGAGCAUUGACAACUUGGUUCAGAAGCUCAGACGAUUGAACUCAACUCAUGAUGAAGCCCAGACAGAUUACAUUGCCUCACUGUGUGAGAACACUAAUCCAGACCACAGAUACAUAUCUGAGAUACUCUUGGCUUCAGGUCUCCUACUCAGAGAACUUAGUUCGGGUUUCACAGCCUUCCAACUCCACCCAUCUGGCCAUCCUAUCAACCCAGAACUGUUUUAUGUUUUAGAGCAGACAAAAGCAAGCAGUUUGCUUGCCAAAGGAGGGAAUGUUGAUGAGGUUUCUCUCAGCAAAACCAAGCCUGAAAAAUUUCACCGCAAACUCAUAUUUGAUGCUGUGAAUGAAAUUCUCACCGGAAAGUUGGCCAUUAUGGGCCAACCUAGUGAGCCUUGGUUGAAGCCUGCAAAACUUGCUAAGAAGACCCUUAAUGCUCAGAAGCUUCUGAGAGAGUUGUGCUCCGAGAUAGAAUUGCUUCAAGUUAAAAAGCAGGAUCUCAGUUUAGAGGAGGAGGAGGAUGGGUUGAAAUGCAUCUUGUGGGAGGAUGUUAUGCAUAGAUCAGAUAGUUGGACGGAUUUCCGAGGUGAAUUUUCCAAUGUUGUCCUCGAUAUAGAGCGAUCCAUAUUCAAAGACUUGGUAAAUGAGAUCGUUAUUGGUGAGUCAGCUUGCCAUCGACGUAAGCCUAAUAGGCGAUGCAGGCAACUUUUUUCCUAGUAACAACCCUUUUUUUUUUUUUUUUUACUUUUCGUCUUACCCCUGAAUGUUUACCUUACCCUUUUGAUGCUUCUAUCAUCAUGAUUAAUUUUUUUUAUUUUUUUAUUUUAUGUAUAAGGCGUAAACUAAGAAAGCCACGGAUAGGAACUAAAAUACUUGUUUCAUUAACACCUCAUGUUCUUCAGCGGAUUGUAUAGAGUAUCUAAUGUUAAUAAAUUAUAUUACAGCACAAAGUUUCUUCA